AUUUUUCCAAAAAAAUAACAUAUUCACGCAUUAUUUUAACAAUCGAAUGAUAAAAAUAUUCAAACUGAAUUUUUUUAUAUCGUGCCAAGUGAUUGCUCAUCUUAAUUCGCGUUUCGUUGUAUGUAGCGAAUGACGAAAAAGCGGACCCCUACUCGUCUAGACAAAGGAACGCCAUUGUGAGCCAUAACGACUGUGUCACAGGAUUUAUCGCUUCGUUACUUACACAAAUCGUCAAACAACGAUAUCAAAAUGGCACAAGAAGCCGAUAUGCCUACUUUCAAGUGUGUCUUGGUGGGCGAUGGUGGUACUGGAAAAACAACAUUCGUCAAACGACAUUUAACUGGUGAAUUUGAGAAAAAAUAUGUAGCAACUUUAGGCGUAGAAGUACAUCCUUUGAUCUUCCACACGAAUCGGGGGGCAAUUCGUUUCAACGUGUGGGAUACAGCUGGACAAGAGAAGUUUGGUGGCCUUCGUGAUGGUUAUUACAUACAAGGACAAUGUGCUGUCAUUAUGUUCGAUGUUACGUCAAGAGUAACAUACAAAAAUGUACCCAACUGGCAUAGGGAUUUGGUGCGAGUUUGUGAAAACAUACCCAUCGUACUCUGUGGCAACAAAGUCGACAUUAAGGAUAGGAAAGUAAAAGCCAAGAGCAUCGUUUUCCACAGGAAGAAGAAUCUACAGUACUACGAUAUCAGUGCGAAGAGUAACUACAACUUCGAAAAACCUUUCCUGUGGUUGGCGCGUAAAUUGAUCGGUGAUCCCAAUUUGGAAUUCGUCGCUAUGCCAGCGCUUCUUCCACCCGAGGUCACCAUGGACCCACAAUGGCAGCAACAGAUAGAAAAGGAUCUCAAGGAAGCCCAAGAGACUGCAUUACCAGAGGACGACGAAGACCUUUAGUUUGUUAUGUCGCGCGUAUGAUCCGAACAGAGGCACAGCGUAUACAGGCGUACCUUGUGCGUUGAGUUCUUGUGCCUCUUGAUAGGUUGAAGAUUCUUUCUUCGAAGGAAUUAAAAUUCGCGUAAAAUUUUGUUCGAUAUCUAACGAUAAUAACGGUAAAAAUGUUUCUGUGAUUUCACGUUUCACGAGCUUUGUCUUAACAAAAGGAUACAGGAAUUGUACGUUGCUUUUGCGCGAAUAGGGAUUUGUGUGCGUGACCAUGAAACACGUGACCUCUAAUUUUUGUACAAGUAUUGGAUAAACCUAGCCUAACGUACUUCUUAUCGGUAUGAACGUACCAUUUGAUAGAUGCACAAAUGUUUAAAAUUUCAAACAUCGAAGCUAAAAAAAUCGAUAUUCGACAUGCUUGUUUCAUGUUUUUACUUGUGUAUAGCAAAUGUGUAUGCGUGCGUGAACAUAUACGACACGGUGCAGUCGAGUAUAAUCAACGUACGAUUCCCCGGUGAAUUGUACGUCGAUCAGUUUUUGGAGCAUACUGCCGCUAUAGUAAUUUAAUUUUUAUUAGGUUUUUUUAUCGCACCCAAUAUAAAAAUGCAGUACGUUACUUGCUAAUUUUCGAACGAAUGAAAAACGCUAUUUUCGAAUAUGGCGAAAGUAAAAGAUUAAUUCUGCAAGAAAGAAUCUUUCGAUACCCACGAAAUGCUGAUAUUUAGAAGUCACUGUUUACACACACACAUACACGCAGCAGACACAGACAGACAUUCAAACUAGAAACAAAUCUCUCGGAGAAGCUCUGAAAGUAGCUGAAUCUUUACCAAACAAUAACGACAUAACCUUUGCUGUUAUUUCACAUCUCGGUUACGCGAUGAUGAACGAAUAAAGAAAAACACAUUGAUGC